AUGUCCAUUCCUCCUCCAUCCUGUGACAUCCUAGUAAUAGGCAGCGGGAAUGCUGGAUUUAGUGCCGCUUUAUCCGCCGCUCAAGCUGAUCCCAGAGCCAAUGUAAUUAUUAUCGACAAAUGUCCCUCAGCAUGGGCUGGAGGGAAUUCUUAUUUCACCGCUGGAGCGUUUCGCACAGCACACAAUGGUCUCUCCGACCUUCUUCCAAUAGUGAACAAUACAACCACUGAACAAGCUUCUCACAUUGACAUGUCUGUCUACUCAGAGAAUGACUUCAUGAAUGAUCUUAAGCGCAUGACAGGUGGACGCACCGACCCAGGGCUAUCAAAAGUUCUAGUCCGAGACUCCCGGGCUGCAAUUGGUUGGCUGGCAAAGAAUGGCAUCCGCUUCCAGCUCUCAUUCAACCGACAGGCAUACGAAGUGGAUGGCCGCAUCAAAUUUUGGGGUGGCCUUGCGCUGAAAACUCAAGAUGGUGGUAAGGGGUUGAUAGAAGACCAUCUCGUCGCAGCGAAGAAGCAUGGAAUUCGUCUGUAUUUCGAUACCCCGGCUACAAAGCUACUCACAGACCCUACCACCGGCGCUGUCACUGGCGCGGAAGUUCUUCUUCGCUCUUCAUCUGAAGCUUCCCGACGAUAUACCAUUCGAGCUACUGCGAUUAUCCUCGCAGCAGGAGGCUUUGAGGCGAAUGCCCAGUUACGAGCGCAGUAUCUUGGCCCAGGCUGGGACGCUGCGCACGUCCGUGGGACCCCUUAUAAUACUGGAGACCUUCUAUUAAGCGCCCAGCGCGAUGUUUCCGCCAAGGCUGUGGGCAACUGGUCUGGCUGCCAUUGUGUAGCUUGGGAUGCUGACUCGCCCGCACAUGCGGGGGACCGUGGCGUAUCGAACGAGUUUACAAAAUCCGGGUAUCCGCUUGGGAUUAUGGUGAAUCGAGACGGGAAACGCUUCGUGGAUGAAGGAUUUGAUAUGCGUAAUUACACAUAUGCCAUGAUUGGGCGACGAAUCCUUGCACAGCCUGGGCAAGUUGCGUUUCAGAUUUGGGAUGCACGGACGACAGAUUGGCUGCGAAGUGAAGAGUAUCGUCCCGAAGUUACUCGGCAUUUAACAGGGUCAACAAUCGAAGAGUUGGCAGAUGCAUGUAUGGGUGCCGGAUUGACGAGUAAACAGCAAUUCCUUGAUACCCUUGCAGAGUACAAUGGUGCUACAAGGGAGGGGAGUAGGAAAUGGGAUCCAGCUGUGAAGGAUGGAUUGGCGACCGUUGAGUUGGGAGUUCCUAAGUCCAAUUGGGCGCUGCCCAUUAACAAGGGACCCUAUUUGGCUGUCAAGGUUACUUCGGGAAUUACUUUUACGUUUGGAGGGCUGGCUGUUAAUCCGGAGACAGCAGCUGUUCUCUCGGAGACGACUGGCCAGGAAUUACCAGGUUUGUAUAGUGUUGGUGAAAUGCUGGGUGGUCUCUUUCAUGAUAAUUAUCCUGGUGGGAGUGGAUUGACGUCUGGAACUGUGUUUGGCUAUCGGGCAGGAAAGACGGCCGCUGGGAUUGUUGCCAGGAAUAGAAGACCAGAGUCGAUGCUUUAG